GUCUUCACUCUGCACACAGGGCUGGGGAUCCCUGACAAAUGAUGUGAUUUUCAGAGUUAUCAGCUUUAUUUUACACAGACACACGCCAUAGCGACAAAGACAGCACUUCAACAUUUCGCUAACUUCACUGGAUGUAACUAAGUUCCAGGAGAAAAAAAAUGACUGCCAUCAAGCACGCCCUUCAGAGGGAUAUUUUCACCCCCAAUGAUGAGCGUCUGCUGAGUAUCGUCAAUGUCUGUAAGGCUGGAAAAAAGAAAAAGAAUUGUUUCCUGUGUGCCACAGUGACUACAGAGCGCCCGGUCCAGGUAAAGGUGGUAAAAGUAAAGAAGUCAGAUAAAGGAGAUUUCUAUAAGAGGCAGAUGGCCUGGGAGCUACGCGACCUGACAAAGGUUGAUGCCAAAGAUGCCAAUAAGGAGAACCCAGAGUUUGACCUGCACUUUGAAAAGGUUUAUCGAUGGGUGGCGAGCAGCACAGCAGAAAAGAAUUCUUUCAUCUCCUGUAUUUGGAAGCUGAACCAGCGCUACCUUCGGAAGAAAGUGGAGUUUGUAAACGUCAGUCCUCAGCUGCUGGAAGAGCUUCCUAAGGCUGAAGAGUCAGUCCCGAGUGGAGAGAGUCAGAGUGUUGCCGGGGGAGACGAGGACGCUCUGGAUGAUUACCAGGAGCUGAACACUCGUGAGGAGCAGGACAUUGAGAGCAUGAUGGAAGUAUGCGAGUACGCCAUCUCCAACGCCGAGGCCUUUGCUGAGAAACUGUCCCGUGAGCUACAGGUCCUAGACGGGGCUAACAUCCAGUCCAUCAUGGCCUCUGAGAAGCAGGUGAACAUACUAAUGCAGCUGCUGGAUAAGGCACUGGCAGAAGUGGACAAUAUUGAGGGAAAGUUGCUGAGCUACGAGGAGAUGCUACAGAGCGUGAAGGAGCAGAUGGACCAGAUCUCUCAGAGCAACCGGCUCAUCCAGAUCAGCAACACCAAUAAUGGCAAACUCUUAGAUGAGAUCCAGUUCCUUGUGAACUACAUGGAUCUUUCAAAAGGACACAUCAAGGCUUUGCAGGAGGGAGAUCUGUCUUCUCCUAAGGGUGUCGAGGCCUGCAUCAAUGCCUCUGAAGCUUUGUCCCAGUGCAUGAAUGUAGCACUCAAACCAGGUCAUGAUCAGUUGAUGGCAGUCAAGCAACAGCAGCAUCUGUUUUGUGAGCUCAGAGAUGCUUUUGCUAGACGUCUCACCAACCACCUCAACAAUGUGUUUGUACACCAGGGACAUGAUCAGAGCGCCACGCUGACCCAGCACACAGCUGAACUGACUUUACCUAAACACAGCCCUCUGCACAGGGACCUGCUCCGAUAUGCUAAACUGAUGGAAUGGCUUAAGAACACCCAGAGAGAGAAAUAUGAGGGUCUGUCCAGAACGUAUGUAGAUUACAUGACCCGAUUGUACGAGCGGGAAAUUAAAGACUUCUUUGAAGUGGCAAAGAUCAAAAUGGCAGGAACUAGUAAGGACGUGAAAGGAAAGUUUGCCACGCUUCCUCGGAAAGAGAGUGCUCUCAAACAGGAGACAGAGAGCCUGCACGGGAGCUCUGGAAAGCUGACAGGGUCCACCUCCAGUCUGAAUAAACUGGCUGUAAGCAGCUCCAACAGCAGGCGCUCUCAGUCCUCUUCUCUGCUUGACAUGGGCAACAUGUCUGCCUCUGACCUGGAUGUAGCAGACAGGACCAGGUUUGAUAAGAUCUUUGAGCAGGUGUUGAGUGAGCUGGAACCACUGUGUCUGGCUGAACAGGACUUUAUCAGCAAGUUCUUCAAGCUGCAGCAACAUCCAACACUAGCUCAGGGAGAGAAUGUGGAUGACGCAGAUGGAACAGCACACUCCAGACCAGUCAGUGACCAUAGACAUUCCAUAUCUGAGAAGGACAUGGUUCGAAUGAUGAUGAAUAAGAUAUUUCAGAGCAUCGAGACUGAGUUGAACAGUCUUAUAGCUUUAGGUGAUAAGAUAGACAGCUUCAACUCUCUGUACAUGCUGGUAAAGAUGAGUCACCACGUUUGGACGGCUGAAAAUGCUGAUCCUGCCUCCUAUCUCAGCACAACACUUGGCAAUGUGCUGGUCACUGUUAAGAGAAACUUCGAUAAAUGCAUUUCUGGUCAAAUUCGUCAGAUGGAAGAGGUAAAGAUUUCUAAGAAGAGUAAGGUGGGCAUCCUGCCUUUUGUCACUGGCUUUGAGGAGUUUGCCAAGUUGGCAGAGGCUAUUUUCAGAAACGCCGAGCGACGGGGUGAUCUGGACAAGGCUUACAUAAAACUCAUCAAAGCUGUCUUCAAUAAUGUGGAAAAGGUGGCCAACGAGAGCCAGAAGACUCCACGUGAUGUGGUGAUGAUGGAGAACUUCCACCAUAUUUUCUCAACACUGUCUAGCCUGAAGAUCUCCUGUUUGGAGGCAGAAAGAAAGGAGGCCAAGCAGAAGUACACAGAGCACCUGCAGUCCUACGUCAUCAACUCACUGGGCCAACCGCUGGAGAAACUCAAUCACUUCUUUGAAGGAGUGGAGGCACGUGUAGCUCAGGGUGUGCGUGAAGAGGAGGUGAGCUACCAACUGGCCUUUAAUAAACAGGAACUGCGCAAGGUCAUUAAAGAAUACCCUGGCAAGGAGGUGAAAAAAGGCCUGGACAACCUCUACAAGAAAGUGGAUAAGCACCUGUGUGAGGAAGAGAAUUUGUUACAGGUGGUGUGGCACUCCAUGCAGGAUGAGUUCAUUAGGCAAUACAAGCACUUUGAGGGCCUGAUAAACCGCUGCUACCCUGGGUCUGGAAUCACCAUGGAGUUCACCAUUCAAGACAUGCUGGAGUACUUCUCCAGUAUCGCUCAGUCCCACUAAAGUUGAAUGCUAUUGAAUGAUAGUGAGAGUGUGUUCGAGUGAGAGGAAAGUGGUGUGUGUGAGCAGGAGAGAUAGAAUAAACACACAUCAUAUAUUGUACAUACAAUAUAUUACAAUGCAUUUCGAUUUUUGCUAGUAAUGUUUGUGCACACAAGUGAUCUAAACUGAGCAACAACACUGGAACCCUUUUUGUAACAUUGUAACAAGCCAUUUGAAAUUUGUUCAGUAGGAUCUUUUUGUUGCUGAUUUCCAUGAGCUAUAUAUAUAUAUAUAUAUAUAUAUAUAUAUAUAUAUAUA